AUGGUAAAAGUGGCUGGUGUGGGAAUCGGAAGUGAUAGUUGUGAGGUUGAUAGUACAAUGGUUGUUGGUGGUGGCUGCAAAAGCUGGUUGAUUGGUGCAAAAUCAGUGGAGAUGGACUUAAAGCCACAGAAAGCAACGGUAACAGGAUUAGUGGAGGCUAAGAAAGUGUUGAAGGCAGCACAAUCCUCUGGUAAAAAGGGUGAGUUAUGGUGGCACAAUCCACUGGUAAAAAGUGUGAGUUAUGGUGUGCCUCAUAGUAUGGUGGCACAUCCUUAUGCUGCUGGUGUUUAUGAUAGAAAGGCACCUCCCAAUUUUGUAAGGGCCACUACUGAUCCUGCUGUUGCUCACUUAAUUCCAGUUGAAGAACAGUCUUCCCUUAUGUUCAGUGAUGAAAAUCCAAAUGCUUGUAAUAUUAUGUAGCUAAAUUUUAAGUGAUGUAGCUUUUCCUUAAUUUCUUCUUGUAUUUAGUUUUUCCCUUCUAAUGUGUAGUCCCACUAGGCCUGUCCUAGUUGGUGAGUACUGGAUAUCAAAGGAUUUUGAAGAUAUUGUCAGAAGUGUAUUAUUUAAGGAGAA